UGUGUGUCUGCUUCGCAACAGCGAGUGCGACUUUCUCGGUUUCUCCUGGUGGUUAAGAGCGGUGCUAUUCCCGGUGUGUUGAGAGAAGAUGGCUGAUUAUGGGGACGAUACCGGAGCCCGGGCCUUGUUGGCAUUGAAGUCUGCACCGUGCAGCCCGGUCCGAGGGGCUUCAUCAAUGUUCUCCCUUUCGUCAAAUGCGACCGGGAUCACACCCAUGCCGCUCUCCUCUCCUCCGCGGGCCCUCGCACGGUUGGAAGGCAGGGACUUUGAGUUCGUAAUGCGACAGAGUAUGGUGACGGUAGGCCGGAACUCUUCGCAUGGUUCUGUGGAUGUCAACAUGGGCCACUCAAGCUUCAUCUCCCGGAGGCACCUGCAGAUACAUUUUGAAGAACCAUUUUUUUAUCUUCGCUGUCUGGGGAAGAACGGUGUUUUUGUAGACGGUGUAUUCCAGAGGAGAGGUGCUCCCCCACUUCAACUGCCGAGAGAGUGCACAUUUCGGUUCCCCAGCACGGUCAUAAAGAUUCAGUUCACCGCGCUCUACCACAAGGAGGAGGUGAAGGAGGAGGCUCCCUUGUCCCCAGUCCGACCGCUGUACCCCCAGAUCUCUCCUCUGAAAAUCAACAUUCCCGAUACGGACUUCAGGAACAUGAUGAGUCCACUGCCCUCUCCCACGGGCACCAUCAGCGUUCCGAACUCCUGCCCGGUGAGUCCUCGGGGAGCAGGGUCCUCUGGGUAUCGCUUCGGACGCAACAUUACCUCAGACCUGCAGCUGGCGGCCGAGUUUGCGGCCAAGGCCGUGUCCGAGCAGCAGGCUGACGCGUCCGGAGGGGACAGCCCCAAGGACGAGUCGAAGCCUCCCUACUCAUACGCACAGCUCAUCGUCCAGGCCAUCUCCUCGGCUCUGGACAGACAGCUAACACUAAGCGGCAUCUACGCCCACAUCACCAAGCAUUACCCCUACUACAGGACUGCAGACAAGGGCUGGCAGAACUCCAUCCGCCACAACCUGUCCCUGAACCGCUACUUCAUCAAAGUGCCGCGCUCCCAGGAGGAGCCGGGGAAGGGCUCCUUCUGGAGGAUCGACCCGUCCUCUGAGGCCAAGCUGGUGGAGCAGGCCUUCCGCAAGCGCCGGCAGAGGGGCGUGUCCUGCUUCCGCACCCCCUUUGGCCCCCUGUCCUCCAGAACCAAGAGUGCCCCGGCCUCCCCCACGCACCCCGGCCUGCUGUCCCCCCCAGCCAGCGGCCUGCAGACGCCCGAGUGCCUGUCCCGGGAGGGCUCGCCCGUCUCCCACGACCACGACUUCAGCUCCAAGCUGGCGUCCGUGCCGGAGUACCGCUACACCCAGAGCGCACCAGGCUCCCCAGUCAGCGGCCAGCCGGUCAUCAUGGCAGUGCCCCCCCAGCCCACCGCCAUCAUGGCCAAACCCCUGGCAUACAUGCCCGCCUCCCUCUCUGGCCACGCCAUCCACAUGGUCCAGCCGGCGCCCACCGUCACCAUGGUGCGAGUGAUGACCACCUCCGCCAGCUCCUCCAACGGGUACAUCCUGGCCCACACCAACGCACCGGGCAGCCUGCAGGGGGCAGAGGAGAGUGCGCCAGAGCACAGAGGCGGCGCGGGGGACGAUAAGCCAGCGGCCAGCUACGCGCCGCUCACCACCACCAGCCGUGUCAUCCAGGCCGUGAGCAGCCACGUGAGCCCCGGCGGUGGCGGCGGCGGCCAGCAGACCUUCGCCAUCGUGCAGCAGGCGCCCCUCUCUCUGGGCCAGCACCAGCUGCCCGUCCGGACCGUCACCCAGAACGGCAAACACGCCCUCCCCGUCACCAGUGUCUCCGGGCCCACCUACACUGUCACCAGCCCUCUUCAGCUCCUGGCUGCCCAGGCCUCCACCUCACCCCCGGUUGUGGUGAACAGGUCCCCCAGUUCGGAGGCAGAGAUGCGGGCCUCGGCUCCAGGCGAGCCCGAGGCUAAGCGGCCUAAGAUGGAGGACGGCGGCGUGGCUCCCGUUCCUCAGCCGGUUAUUGUAGCGGCAACCGCACAGGCCCAGGAUGCCAGCGAAUAAAGGAGACGGACGAAGAGAAAGGAAAUUUUCCUCACUGUGUGUUCUGCAACACCGUGAACCCGAGGUGCCAAACGUGGGGUGGGAUGUCUCUUAUCAAGAACUUUCAGUACCGCAGUGGCAAGGGCAGUUCAAACGCCCGACAACUGAUUGUAUCAUUUUGAGGAAAGAGGUUUUGACUGUGUUUAAAGCCGUAGUUUUGUGUGCUUAAAAUGCAUUAAUCCAUUAAGCCUUAAAAUAAAAAAGUGUUCCUACCGCUUUUAUUUUACAUGCGAUUUAACAUAAACGUCAUCGGUCCUCAAAAAAGGGAGAGGAACACUGUUCAACUUUAGAUACCCUAAAGUAGUGCUUUAACAUGGGUCGGGGUGGGACCAAAAAAAAAAAAUAGAAAAACCAUGCAGCUAUUUUUACCGAGAUGUUUCUCUGAAUGGAAGCAUUGCGUGUUGGCAGGUUUCUCAGCUUCUGAUAUGGCUGUUAUGAAUAGGAUGUAUUUAGCUCCCUUUUUAUCGUCGGCUUUUGGCUCUGACACACGCUCUGUCCACAAACAUCAGUUUCUUACAAAUAGAAACAAUAUCAAGCACAACAAACAGGGUGCAAAAGCGUGAAAAAGCAAACUGGGAUUUAAGCUGCUCUUUUCCCAAGGGGAAGCUGUCUAACUUGGUAGAUAUAAAGUAUUUUGCUGUCACAGACCGUUAGCAUACUAUUAAGAGAUAGAAAUAUAUAUGUAUUUUACAUGUCACAGUUUGUAAUUUGUAUAAUGUUUAGAGCAAAAUUUAAUUCGCUCAUUGAAUGUACGAUGUCCUUCUAACGGUUCAUGAUUUUCAUGCAGCCCUCUGUUCAGUAUUCUUGGCACAGAAGAACAUAGCUUUUAAUGGGGGUACUUGGGAAUUUUUACUCGCUCAUUUUUAGAUGUAAAGAUCGAUUGAAGGGCAGCCCUGCACAUCAGAAAUAAUGCACGGCUCUCAGAAAGCGAUCCUGUGUGGUUAGGCUCCUUACCCUACGAGUCACAGGAAAACAGAUGCGUUAUUUUCCCUUUCGCGAUGACGUGAUAAAUAGCACUGUCUGCAGAGGGCCCUGACUAUGGUGACAUCAGAGCCUAAUAAAUCUAUUAGGUCUGCCCUCAGCGUCCGCUCCCGUGGGUGACCCACUCUGCAGGAGUCUCUGAAGUGAUAUUCGGAUACAUGAGCUUGAAUUAGGACCCUUAUUGGAGAGAGAGACACUACUGGGACCCAAAGGCGUUUGACCCCAAGCUCAGAAACCCAGAAUGCAGACUAAGUUGUAGAGCGAGCCUGGCAGCUUGAGCCUAUGAAGGGAGAAGCCACACUGAAAACAGUAAUGUUAUUUUUCAAGGAUAAUUUGGCAGGAAUGUUUCUGUUCUGAAAAUUGCUCUACCGAGUCUAUGCAUGGCUCAAAUAUAUUUAUCUUUCUUAAACUUGUAAAAUGCGCACUCGCUAACGUAUCUGGCAGCAGUUUCUCUGUGGCCUAAUGGAAAGCCAUGUGUAGCUAGGAAGAUUUUCUUACCGUGUUUAAAAGCAAACCAUUUUAUGUAGUCAGUCACUGGCUUUCAAGAUAGGUUUAUGGUAAAAUAAAUUUUUACAAGCUAGGCGGUUCUUAGUGAAUGGAGGGAAGUGGACACAACUGUGAUGUCAUCGUGAGAUGCAUACGUGCAGUAGGGCUUGGAAAACUGAUGAAAAUCAUUUUCUCACCAAGUGCCUUAAUUCUCUCAAUAAAAAAAUUAAUGAAUGUAGUAAAUGUUUUGUAAUUUAAUAGUUUGUACUAUUAAGCAGUAUUUUCUAAAAAAGGUAUUAUUGUUAAAUGGUUUCGAGACUAGUGGUUUCCCCGUCCAAAUAAAUAACAUUGGUUCUGCUAUACAUAUUGAUUGAAGUGGCAUGCUGCGUGCAAAGGCGCCGCGCAUUGCCAACGCAGUCAACAGCAAAAUGGCUCUCUUCACCUGCAAUGCUGCCCUGUCUCUGUAUCUGCUGUAUCGCUUAAUGAGCAGAGCCUUUCAGAAGGAAUGUUCAAGUGCACAGAAGGCAACAAGGCAUUGCUCCUAUUUAAAGGUUUGGCAAAGAUUCAGUGACCUGCGCUCAUUAUGAUGCAACUGCGUCGGUAUUUGUGUGGAUAUCAUGUAUAUCUGAGCUGUUAUGGUCAUUUCCCUCUCAGUCUUUAGAAUGUACACCUGUCAUCCUAAGUAAUAUUUAUUUAAGAGAUAAAACGACCGUAGAAUAAAAAAAAAGACCCACAGUGCUGAUUUGGAGCUAUAAUAGAAGUAGACUUUUAAUCUGUAUCAGACAGCCUAUUGGGUAGUGCCGCUCAUCAGUAAGACUACAGGUCUAAGCCUGCUUUUUACAUUUUGUCAGACAAAUAUAUCAAGGAGAGAUGCAUCAAUGUCCUAUUUCUUUCUCUGUUGCUGGUUUAUGGGGAAAACAAAUGGAAACUACAUUUUGAAUGCAAGACUUGCAUGAAUUUAUUUGCGUAGUUUCUUAUUUUUGGAAUAUAAUAAUCUGCGGUGGCUUUUUUUUUCCUUAAGGCGGUCUCAUUACAGUACAUAGGUUGACCUUUCAUGACAACUCUGGGCUUUUGGUUUUGCUGUAGAUUCAACUUUAUAAUGUAAAAUUCACCAUGUUUCCUGAACACAAGUUGCAUUCUCCUUUUUUGGUUUACCUAUGUCUCGCGUUAUUGUAUCGGUUGAUCGUUCAGCAGUCUUGCCUCAUUCCAGUGAGCAGGAUAUUUUGUUCACGUUGUGGCAGCAUCUCUCCUGGCUGUGGCAGGGGACUCCUGUCUCUUCCUGCCAUCCCACCAUUUCACACCUGUCUUCAAGUCCGUUUUACCUCAUGGUCGGAAUGUGCCAGUGUUUUGUUCUAGUGCAGUACAAUUGUGUAAGUGCUUUACAAUGCGGGGAGCACAAAAUGAAACGUAGGCCUCGUCAAGAAGGCUGAGCAGCGUCGGGUUUGUUAGAAGACAAUGACAUGUGGCUUCCAUAAUUGAAUGGAAUCUUUAUACAUUUUUUCCCUUGUUUUUCUGUUUUUGUUUUUAAUUGUACAUAUUUGUCCUCCAUUUAUAGACACACAAUUUAAAAGCAGAUAGUACACAUUCACUUAAAAAAAAAACUUCUAGCAGAGGACAAAAUUUCUGACUAAUUGGUAGAAGUGACAAGUCUGGCAUUUAAAAGGCAUAAGCCAAUGGUAGUCUAAUUUAAUAGUAAGAACUCUGCAAGGCAUUUUCCCUUGUGAUGUCACCGCUCACACACUAAAUGAGACUGUGAGGGCAGGACACCCUCACAGCUUAAUGGUACAAUAUAUCCUUUCAAAGUAGUGGUUGCCCCGCUUGACAAAGAGUGAUUAAUGAGGACACUGACGGUGUCUGUCAGUGACUGUACCUUUAGGAAAAUGGACUGACCAGGGAAAGCCUCAAAAGCAUAUAAUUAAAUGCAUUCUGUGAUCAGGUCAAUCUACUGCUCCACCUUAGCAGUGGCAAAUGUGAGAAUUGGUGUUGGCAAUCCUGCAGAUUCACAUAAAAAUAAUAUAAACCUAUAUUACCUUUCCAGUCACACAUAAAGUGAGUACAGAGUGGUGUAUGGAAAUAUCCAUCCAUGUUGUGAACUAAAAUGACUUGGAGGUUAAGACUGUCACUGUGUCUGGGAUACUCAAUAUUGUAACUAGUGGGAUUGUUUUGUGAAAGUAGAAAAUAAUUGGUCUCAGUUGGCUGUAAAUCUGGCAGGUGUGAAAGAUUGGUUCUGUUUUAGGGACAAUUAAAUUGAGAGAAGUAAUUUUUAUAUAUAGUUGUAUUCAUUAUCCCUGGUGAAGGGUACGCGGUGGAUGGUCUGAUUUAAUGGUUUGUGACGGCAUGCUUCAACACCAAAGCAUAUUUUCCCCAUCUGCUUUCAUUGACUAAUCCUGUUUCUCUGAAGUGUGUCCGGUGAUAUCCAAGUGGGAAUUCUCUCUGUAGUGGAGUUAAAUUACUGAUGUGUCAGAUUUUGAUUGAAGACGUCCUUUUAACAUCAAUCAACUUUCUGAAAAAGAAAAAAAAAAUCUGCCCGGUUGAAUCCUUUUCAUUUUAAUCAUCAGUAAUGUUGGAACUGGUAAAGUAAUGAUAGGCUCAUGUCUGAAUAAUGCAUUAUUAGUUGGCACACUAAGCAUAUGAUUCAUGGUGAGAUGAGCUUUUGAGGGCCUUAUCCCUGUAAUGCUCGUGAGUCCGUGACAAUGGAUUGGUUGCAUGUUAGGGGGCGUUUCUCCAUUUGAUUUACUGCUCAUCUCUGGUGUUUUUUUUUUCUUAUUUGCUUAAGUCUACAUCAAAAUGUCUUUUUAACUGACUCCUCUGUAAAUGUAAUGUCAAAUUGUCCAUUUUUUUUUUUGCUUUAGCAAAACAUUAUAUUUGAUAAUCACUGUUUCAGAUAUUUUCUUAACUCUCGCAACAGGAACGUAGUUAGAGCUCAUCUCUGUAAUUGUUUUGUUAUUGUACCGGGAGCAUCCUCAGUAGACUGAAAUACACUGUCAUUUUAUUCUUUUGCCUUGUAGCUAUAGGAAAAUCUGAACUCUACAAGUCUAAUAAAGCUUCAAAGGAAACCUGUUGAGUAAAGAAUUUGAUGUUUGCCCAACGGGUGUGUCUGAUAAUGCUCAUGUGUAUGCUGACUGGAGGAACAGUAAAACCAUACAGUUUGUGACACCUAAUUCAUUUCUAGAACCUUCUUUCAUUUGUCUUGGUUGUGUGUUUCCUGUACUGCUCCUGCUAUCAGGCACCAUGUGAAAGACGUUGUUGCCUUUGCAUCAGUAAAAGAGGAGAGGAGUAUUGUAGCGUUGUUAAACUUGACAGGGAUUGCUAUAUGUGAUGUCCUAAGCAAUGUGUUCCUCAGAGGUUCAGAGCAACAGUACGUGUACAUGUGGUGUCUACCUUGUAGAGACAUUGGUUUGUUGUGAACAACGUUGAUUACGAGUGGUAAAUUCAAGCCGUGUCAUGUUUCAGUGGGUGGAAGUUUUUACAAAGCACUGAAAAGUAAGGAGUACCCCGGGAAUACCUUUGGUUCGUUUGUGUACGACCGAACCAGUUAUUAGUAGUUACUUUAUUUCACGUUGACAGUCCUGUAAAGCUAUGACGAUGACCCACAAGCAUGGUAAUCAACAUUCAUGACUCUAGUCAUUUAUAAGUUAUUGAAAUUUUGGCACAGUGCAUUGUGGGAUGGGCACAUAAGCUGGUGACAUCCUUAAAAGCAACCCCUUUUAAACCACUGAUUUUCAAUACAGAUUUUACAAAAAUGAGAACAUUGUAUUUUCUAAAAACAAAAGCAACCACAGGAGCCUGUCUUCUAUCAGGAUGUAUACAUGAAAAAAAUAAAAUUUGGAUUCUAACA